ACUAACUUUAGAUAUCAAAUUUUGGAAAACAUUAAUUUUUUGAUAAAAUGAUAGAAAUAACGGCUUGGCUAAUACGUGAUCAAAGUGCAGUUUUCCUGUGCGGAGAAACAGUCGAGUGUUUGAUAACCUUCACGAAUCCUUCGCUACCAGAACAUAGAAUUAGUCAAAGUAACAGUGAUAUACUGGAAAACCUAGCAUGGGCAACGGUUCAGAUACAUUGCUAUUGCAAUUCCACUAUCCAAGACCGUGGCGUAUCCGGCCUGGAAACGGCGAAUCCCAUUCACAAAAAUGUUAGUGGCUCAACAUCCCUGAAUGCCAGCAAUCAACUCAAGGGAGAGGUAUUGAAGUCCACUGUGCCGAAAAUUCUGUUUUGCGACUUACGAUUGUCACCAGGUGAAUCAAGGCAAUUCAUGUUCCGUGAAACGUUAUCAAUGAAUACUCCACCAACGUAUCGAGGCGUAAUGGUGAAGUAUUAUUACAAAAUAACGGUAGCCACCCAACGCGUUGGUUCCACAGUGCAGGCGUUGCAUAUUCCAAUUCGAGUACUUCCACUCCCGCCCAUCAACUGUAGUGACGAGACAAUUACUUUGAACGACGAAUCAAACGAGGAUUUGGCCCCAAAUAAUCCUUUUAUAGAAAAGAAGAAAGCACCAUCGAAGAUUGAAUACGCGUUACAUUAUCUGCAGAACAUCACUGCACGCAGAAGGCCCAACUUCUAUUUGAUUUCGAACAAGAGGGGUAAAGUCGGACGCUUUUGUAUUUUUAAACCAAUCUACAAGCUCGGGGAAGACAUUGUAGGUACGCUAGAUUUUAGCUGUGGAACUGUGAAAUGUGCGCAACUGUCGGUUACGUUGCAAUGCGAGGAAAUUGUCAAAAAGAAAACCGUAGAACAUUCCAAUGCACCUAACCAAGAGAAAGAUAAUGUACUAACGCCUGCCGGGCGAAUAACGAACUAUACAAAGCAUCAUGAGGUAUGCCUUGGCUUGUUGCAAACUCAGAUGAUUAUUCCGAUUCCACUGCAUGUUACGCCAACUUUUGAUACUGACCUGGUCGAUGUGAGGUGGCGUCUGCAUUUCCAGUUUGUUACAAGUACAAACGAGGAGCUGAAUAUGGAAAUCAACAAGGAUACUCUGGAGUGGCAAGCACCAACGGACAUUUCUAUUGAAACCAUGAUUUGGAAUCUGCCAGUCACUAUUUACCCUACAGCACCUGUUCACAUCCCACAAGCCAGCGGAACAUAUACAUUGAAUAUCAAGUAGAAUGUAAUUGAUUCGAUAAAACUAAAUGUGUUAGGUACAAAUAAUGACAUUCU